UGGAGUCUCCCUCCUCCGUUGGGAGAGAUCCGUCCAGCCCGAGGAGCUGAGGGAGAGAAAAACGCACAUUCGCGCAACUAACGCCGCCUGUCCGCUUAACAAACCCGGCCCAGCCCGGCUACCCGUGUUCCGCGAGGGUCAUAACGUUAUGUCGAACCCGUAACGUUUUAAAGCCAAGAGAAAAAAAACAUGCGGUUGCGACGGAGACAGAAACGGACUGUGAGUAGCGCAGAGUUACUAGGAGACAUUUCAUUAGCUUGUUAGCUAACGAGGCGGCUAGCUUAGCUCAAAGAAGCGGCGGUGGUGAACUUCGAAGCUAGGGAACGAUUGUAAUUAAACUCAGGCUACCUCAUCAUUAGUGCUUUUCAUUUUCAUUACCAAUGGGAUUUUGGCAUCGCCACACAGAAAGCGUGUUUCCGGCUGAAGGUUGAGGUGGCGAAGCGCUUGUGUGGCUGUUUUGUUUACGGCUCUCUCACGGUAACAGUGCUGAGCAGCGCUCCUUAAUCACUCCGUGUCUGCUCUGCUUUGUGAAUGCAGGCCAUGGACUGAACAGCCUCCACCAGCCAAAAAGGUAGCUAACGUGCUGGCUAGCUAGCUGUCUGUUUAUACAAAGUCAGAUACAGACCUGUAAAUUUUACCUCGCAACUCCCAAGCCAGCUGAAGGAGGAAAACGGGGCUGGAUCGUGCAAAAACCUGUGCUUCGGAUCAUGUUUUGGAUGGUCGAGUCUGUCAUAAAUUGGAUGAGAGACUUGUGAAGAUCACAACCGGAUUAUUUCAUUCCGUUUGAGCCGUCAAAUUUGGGACCUUAUCUGAGGGAGCUGAUUAAAAUAGAGGGCUACGAUGUCUGCUGCAAAAGAAAACCCUUGCAGGAAGUUCCAAGCGAACAUUUUCAACAAAAGCAAGUGUCAGAACUGCUUUAAACCUCGGGAGCUGCAUCUUUUGACCGACCAAGACCUAAAUCAGGCCAAACCUAUCUAUGGAGGGUGGCUGUGCUUGGCACCAGAGGGAACGGAUUUUGACAAUCCAAUGCAUAGAUCACGGAAAUGGCAGCGGAGAUUCUUUGUCCUCUAUGAACAUGGCUGUUUGCGCUUCGCUCUGGAUGAAUCGCCAAGCACACUACCACAAGGAACUGUCAACAUGAACCUGUGCACAGAUGUAAUUGAUGCUGAACCUAAAACCGGCCAGAAGAAUGCAUUGUGCAUCAUUACUCCUGAUCAGGAGUACUACAUCCGGGGAGACAACAAAGAAAUUAUCAAUGGGUGGAGUGAACAGCUAGUUGUUUAUCCAAGGACCAACAAGCAGAAUCAAAAGAAGAAGCGCAAGGUGGAGCCAACAACUUCUCAGGAGCCUGGUCCAGCUAAGGUAGCUGUGACUGGUUCAGGCAUCCCUGAGGCAGAGAAGGUUCCAGACGCUAGCUCUAUCAUAUGGCAGGAGGAGCUGCACAACAGAGAAGCGGACGUGUCGCAGGUGUGGUCCUCCUCAGAAAUGGUGCCGCAGGGAUCACAGUUGCCCUCUGCAGCUGAGGAAGCGUCAGUGAGCCGAGGUUCAGACCAGGGCUCGGUGAACGGAGACGAGGUGGACCGGAGCGGGUUCUCCUUUCCCCCGUCUGUCUCCCAACCACCCCAAGACCUCUUGUCCCCCACAGGCAGCUCAUCCAGCCGCCACAGUAUGGAGUUGGGAGGGAUCCCUCGCUGCCUCUCCCCCGCACCCAGCGACCCCUUCCCCUCAGGCAGCAGCCUGCUGUCCAAUGGCUCACACAUCAGCGGCUCCAUGAGCUCCCUGGACUCAGACGCCAGCGGUAGUACUGUCACCAGCACUGAGAGCCACCCAACCGAGCCCCUGGGCCGCGCGCUCCGGGGCCUCCAUGACCCCCCUUACUCACGCCGCCUCGAAGGGGAGGCUCGCAAGGCUGAGAAACGCAGCCGCCUCCGGAGCCCCGAGAGGCAGAACAGAGAGCCUCUCUUCAGCCCAGAGAGGAGUGGCCGUUCAAAUGUGAUUGAAAAGUUAGAGGCGCUGGAGUUGGAGAACUCAGAGAGGAUGGAGGUGGAGGAGACGGGCUGCAGUGAGACCCGACAGGGCCGCAGCGAAAUGAGACGCUUCCACAGACAGGAGCAGAAGCUUGACCCAGCACAAAGUGUGGACUUCCACCAUUCCACCCUGCCACCACUGAGAAGAGCUAAGUCACUGGACCGCAGGACAACAGAGUCCGUCAUGACACCGGAUUUGCUGAACUUCAAGAAAGGUUGGAUGGUGAAACUUGAUGAACAAGGACAGUGGAAGAAGUAUUGGUUUGUACUGACAGACCACAGUCUGCGAUAUUACAAGGAUUCAAUUGCUGAAGAGGCAUCUGAUCUCGAUGGGGAAAUUGACCUCAGUACCUGCUAUAAUGUAACGGAAUAUCAAGCCCAGCGAAACUACGGCUUCCAGAUUCAUACCCAGGAGGGAGUGCACACCCUCUCUGCCAUGACAGCAGGAAUACGACGCAACUGGAUUCAGGCUGUCAUGAAAAAUGUUCGACCCUCCACUGCCCCAGAUGUUGCUAGCCUGACGGAUGACCAUGGUUCUUGUGGCCCUUUUGAGAGUCUUGCUCGGCCCGACAUCACUCAGGACUCUCCAUCCUCGGAGACCUCCUCUGUGGAGCGGGAGCCCAAGAAGAGUCGUGCCCGAGAAAGACGGCGUGAAGGUCGCUCCAAAACAUUCGACUGGGCUGAGUUCCGCCCCAUAGCCCAGGCCCUGGCCCAGCAGCGAAUUCAUGAGGCCGACGCUCUUCAGGCUCAGCUAGCCGACCCUGAACGCAGUAAGAGGAGGGAGGAGAGACGGAGACGGUAUGAGAGCGUGACUGGGAGCUCAUCUCUUGAUCCUGCUGCUGACAAUAGCAAGAUGGACUUUGAGAGUGUAGGUGUGGGUCUGGGGACUGUGUCUCCGCCGUCCCCGGACCGGCAGCAAAAAGUGGAGGAUGAGAUUGAGCAGCGCUGGCAGCAGGUGGAGAAGACCCCCAUUAGGGAGGAGCGGAGGGUGCCCCUGUCCACAGCACUGCAGACCAGAGAGACGGCUGAACUUGAAAAGCUACUAGAGAGCUACAAAAAGGGGGUAGAAGACCUGAAAACAGAAUUAGAGACUUGCUACCAUCAGCUGGCUGAUUCAAACCAACACAAGUUGGAUUUAGAGGACCAGCUCAAAGCUGCUGUAGCUCGAGAGCAGCAGAUCCGCGCUGGGUACAUCUCACCGCUGGAGUCACCUUUGAGUCUUGAGACAAAGCCCCAGAUGAAGAGGCCAGAACUGGUUAGUUCCCAAGCUCAGAGCUUAACAAAGAAGUACCAGGAAACCAAAGAGCUUCUACAGCUGCAAGAACUGAAAAAGCGCAACAUGCAGGCACAGCUUGGCCUUUCUCUUUCACACCUGUCCACCAAGGAACCUUACUUUUCUGACACCAAAAAAAUCACCUCAGAGAUUCUUCCCUCUGAACCUAUUGUAAAAACUGUCAUUUUUGAACUUGUGGAUAAUGAGGGUAAGAUCAGAGAGCUUGAGGACUUGAUAGAUAGUAGUAAGCCGUUGUCAGUUAAGGAGAUGAUCAAGUUGCUGCACUCUCACAGUGAUUCAGUGCUGUCUGAUUUUCCCAUAGAAAAAAGUGAAGAUGGUAGGUCUGGUGAUAUAACAAAGUGUCAGAAACUUUUGGAAAGUCUUAAAACCCAGCAGGAAAUAGAGAAUGAGACAAUGAGGAAGAGUUUGGCCAAGGCUGGGGACAGCAUUCGUAAUUAUGAGGCUCGUCUGAUCACCAUGGAGGACAUGUUGGGGAGGGUCCAGAGACAGAAAAUGGAAGAUCUCAAAAACCCUUGUACAUCUCCUUGUCAACGAGACGACUCUAGCCAAAUGACAAACCGAGGUCUGUCCCAGAGGGUUGAGCUAUUAACAAGUGAAAAUGAAGCACUGAACCAACGCUACCAGGAAAUUGUCAACCAGCUGAGAGAGGCAGACAGGGAAAUAGACAGACUGAAAGCAGAGCUUCAAAGACUCCAAAGUGGGCACCAGUAUCAGCUAGAUAGAGAGAACCAGUCAGUGAUAGAGCAAGAAGACAAAGAUGUUAUUGCUUUGAAUUUCUAUGAACAAGAACUCAACGACAAGUCUCAGAAGCUUCAGGAGGCCCUUGCUAAGUUGGAGGUGCUUGGUCACAGUUUAAAAGAUACAGAGAAGAGGUUGCAACUCAAAGAAGCCACUCUGAAAGGUCUCGGGUUUCAGGCAUCUGAAAAUGAAGAUGAUGAAUCACUUUUGGAGAAAGAGCAGCUCAGGCACCAUAUAGAGGUCAUUGAGUCCAAGCUUUCUGAAAAGGAAAAGUUGCUUCAAUCUGCUGAUCAGACCUGCAGGGAACUGCAAGCACAGAAUAAAGAACUUGAAAGUGAAAAACAAGAAUCUGAAAGAACUUUUAACCAAGUACUUUUAGAGGCUAAAAAGGAGAUUCAAAAGUUGCGAGAGAAAGCCAAAAUAGAAGGGGAGUCAGACAAUGAAUGUAAAGUAGAUAGUGAUUGCCAAGAGGUAAUGCAGAGUGAUGAAGGUAUGAUUCAGGAAGUGAUGGAAGGUUUCAAGAGGAGGUCUAAUGCUCUUAACCAGGUGUUAAGUAUGCUGAUGACGGCCAGUGAAAAUAAGAAGUAUGAUCCGUCCAGUUUUGGCAUUGAAGAAGAAAGUGUGGGAAGGAAUGAUACAGGAAUGGUAAAGGUGUUGUUUGAGUGUGAGAUUUUAAGUAGAGUUUUAGAUGGUGUUGAGAAUAGUCAGUUUGGUGAAGGAGGUGAACAAGCAUUGGCUGUUGUGAAAGAUGUUGUAAAGCACAUGCUAAAGGAAAAUAAAAUGCUUGUUUCAAUGAUGAAGCUGUCUGCAGAACAAAAGGACAUCAAGACACCAGUAAAUAUGCAAAGCACUGAACAUGGAAACAUACUAACUGGUAAAGGUAUAGUGGUAGAUGAUAAGCUUCGUGGUGUCAUCAUGAAAGAGCUUACUGAGGCAGUACAAAAUAAAGCAACCCUGUUGAAUCAGAUUGCUUCGGUCAUUAAUGAGCCUGUAAAUGAACUGCUCCAGUCCUUGGCUUUAACUCUCUCUAGCCAUGUGUCUCCACAAGGACAGUGCUUUCAUGAAGCCAUAUUAGAUGUAACUCGCAUAUAUCUUCUAAUACGACAGAGAAUGCAGCUGGAGAAUGAAUUGCAGUCAAGCAAAGUUGUCUGUGCAAAUUGUUCUCAGUUGAAAGAGCAAAACAUGGAGCUGGAAUUAAAGCAAUCCGAGCAAUUAUUAAGCCUCCAGAAUUCUGUAAAUGAUGACUCCAAACUGGUGACUCACAUCCAGAUUGAGGGAGAACCAAUUGAUUCUCUGGAUAAGGCUAUUCAGUUACAAGACAUGGUAGCCAAACACAAGAAGGAGCUUCGAGAGUUGAGGGAGGUCUAUGAGCAAGAAGCAUCCAAGCUGCGACAAGAAGUAGCCAAAGCUGGAGAAACGCUAAGACUAAGGUCCGAGGAGAACGUAAAAGAGAUUGACUCUUUGACCAUCUGCAUGGAGAAUCUGAAGGACAAGCAUGAAAUGGAACGAAACAUUUUGGUGGAACGUUUUAACCAGGAGAUGGUAGAACUUAAUGAUGCUUUGGGCCUUCAUGGAGCUGACCUUGCAGAUGAUGGCAAGCCGAACCCAGCGUCCCUCAAGCAGCAGAUUCAAAAGCUGGUGUCGCAGGUGUCGGUCAUGACCGAAGAGAUGAAGAGUCAAGAUCGUGGAGGGGAGGCAGCAUUGCUUCGUCUGAAAUACGAGAAAGACCUGGAAAACCUAAAGGCCACAUGUGAGAGAGGUUUCGCUGCCAUGGAAGAGUCCCAUCAGAAGGUGAUAGACGAGCUGCAGAGAAAGCACCAGCGGGAACUGGAGAACCUGCAGGAGGAGAAGGAGAGACUGCUGGCAGAGGAGACAGCAGCCACCAUUGCUGCUAUUGAAGCAAUGAAGAAUGCGCAUCGUACUGAGCUGGAGAAAGAAUUGGACAAAGCACGAAAGGCUAAUAGCAAUACUGAAAAUGCAGAUAUUGAGGAGAUUCGGAGGCAGCAUGAGGAGGAGCUGCUGUCAUUCCAGAGGGAGAUUGAGGUGCUGUCUGAGCAGUACUCACAGAAGUGUCUGGAAAACGCUCACCUGGUACAGGCACUGGAAGCGGAGAGACAGGCCCUGCGCCAGUGCCAGCGAGAGAAUCAGGAGCUUAAUGCACACAACCAGGAGCUGAAUAAUCGUCUGGCUGCUGAGAUAACUAAAAUGAGAUCAAUGACCAGUGAGGAGGGGGGAGAAGCUGGAACUGUCAUUCAGGGGAAGGAGCUGUAUGAACUAGAGGUAAUGCUGAGGGUGAAGGAGUCAGAGGUGCAGUAUCUGAAGCAGGAGAUCAACUCAUUAAAAGAUGAACUCCAAGCUGCUCAAAGAGAUAAGAAGUAUGCAACAGAUAAGUAUAAGGACAUCUACACAGAGCUGAGCAUUGUGAAGGCCAAAGCAGAGCGGGACCUGGGGCGGCUGCGAGAUCAACUGCAACUGGCCCAUGAGGCCCUGGGAGAGCCAACGCCGGAGGAGGUGCAGCGGGGAGGUUACGAUAUCAUGAAAUCAAAGAGCAACCCAGACAUUCUGAAAAUGGCGGCGGCAGCUGCAAAACGCUCGGAGCGUGCCAUGAGGUCAAAGGAGAAAGCCUGGUAAGUAAUGGUGAGAAGUGUGCUUUUGAUCCUCCUUUAACACACAGUGGUGUGGCUGUUUGUGUUUGUGUGUGUCUCCCCCCCUUUCCCUCAGUCUGUGAGUCGUGACAUGCCCUGGGACAGCUAAAGACUUAAAGGUGAAGACCUGUUGACUGCUAAUUUUAGGUGAAUGGCUUGGGAAUAGACAGGACAGGGCACAUCAGAAGACUCCAGCUUUCUGCAGAGGACACUUGGACACAUCAGAUAAGGCUUAAUGAAGUAAUAGGCAGACAGUCACCUGUGGAGAUUACAUGUGUUUUGGGGGUCUCUGCAUGCACUUGUUAUACUGUCCCAUCAUGUGCACUGAGGAGAGCCACUGAUGUCAUCCCCUCACAUCUGCAACCAACUCCAUACUCACCCCUACUCACAAAGUGUAUUAUACUUAUAAAUAUAUUUAAUAGAUCAGCUUUGCACUUUCCUGUGCCAGAGGGUUUUCAAAUCAUUCACAUUUCAAAAAGGAAGUAUCGGUGAUCCUGUUCUUUUAAAUUUAGAUUCGUGUAAAUCAGAGAGACCAACUCAGGCCUGAAGAUCAGCCUGCUGCAGAAUUUAGUUCCAGCCCUAAUCAGACAUACCUAGCACCAAUGCUCUGAACCAGUUAGACAAACAAAACUACAUCCAAAAUGUAAUCAUUCUUAACUGUUCCUGAGCAGACACAUUCGGAAUUGCUUUUCACAGUUAAUAAUAUUUAGUCCAUGUCGCCCACUAGCUUAUUAUUAAUGUCUUGCGUCCAAACUCCAGAUCUUUUGUUUGUUUUGUGGGGGUUUUUUUUCCUGAGUCCUGCCUGAUACAAGUAUUUAUUUCGAUCAAGUGUAAUAGUGGGACUGGAACUAACGUUUGCAGGAAGGUGCGGCCCCAGGAGCAGGUUUUAACAACCCUGGAAUAAAGCAUGUUUAUUUCCCAAUGGCCAUUCAUAUCCUUCCUCUUCCAAACAAACUUGAGUUUACUGGAUUUGGAAACACCUUUUCUCCAGUUCUUCUGAAGCAAAGAUCAAGUAAACAAAAGGGAUCUGCAUGUCCUGAAGUAACUUCUAACCGGGAAGUGAAAGUUCACGCGCAUGCACGAAUGUGUGGGCUUUCUCUUGUCUAGUCAUAAGAGAACGCUCGCUAUCAGCAUGUCACUAAGAUCAUUCAGAUAACGGUUCACUGUUGAAGUAUCCGCAGUGGUCCACAGCAAUGACCUUUCCCUCUCUGUCUUUGUUCUCUUCUCAGAGUCUCAAGGAAGGCUUGACAGCAGAGCAAAGACUCCACUUGUUUGACAACAAGGACACUAAGGAGUUCUGACAUUGAUGUGUCAUCCUGACUUGCUGCAUGUUAUAAAGAGGCCCACAAUAUUUUAGCCCAGCAAUUUAAUCACUUAGAAACACACUGGUCACCGCACACGGCAUAUAUUAAACAUGGUAUGAAGUUUUGAAUUUUAUGUCUGUAGUCUGCAUUCUGUGCACUUCAGUUACUGUGACAUUUUUUUAUUACCAUGUCUUAAUGUAAAUAUUUUGUUUUUAAUGAAGCAUCUAUAAUGCGUACACUAAAACUGACCGUGUAAGCUACUGUUUUAACUCUUUAGUAUGUGUGAAUAGCCAAAGGAUAAAUAAAUAUGUAAUGACUCCAAUUAUACUUACUUAAUAAAGAGUAGAAACAAUCAUACCUGCAGACUUCGUUAUUACGCUAGAUGUGGUAUUCACAUUCCCUCCAGCUUAUUAUUAUUAUAACGCAAUUGGACAGAUGGACAAUGUGAAAUUGGGCAAAUUUGACUCAGUUUAAUACCCAGAAGUGUACUUGUACAUGGUGAUUACUGAAUGUUUAAGUAUAGGACCAUUUUGAGACAACAACCAGUUAAAGCAUUGGAGUUUGUAUCUGGAGGGCUUUUGCUAGUGUAAAAUUAUAUAUACAAAUUUAUAUAGGGUUUCCUUUAUGUAAUCAUUAUGGUCAGUCCACUGAUUGGGAGGUCAAGGUUGUUUAGUUUUUUCAUUUGUUUGUUUGUUUUUUUUUUAUUAUUAUUUUGUUAUUUUUUUUCUUGUCUCUUCAAGCUGAUAAUGUCUGUAGUGUUGUUCAAUGGCAGUUCCUUGUAUUUAUUUAAAUGUCUUUUUUUGGCUAACAACUGCAUUCCUCUAUACAUUGUUAUUGUAAAUAUACCACAAAUGUACACCAACUGACAACAGGUUUAUUAGCAAUAAAUAUUUUUGCACCCUGUA